AUGCGCCACAUCACAGGAUCUUCUGCCUCAUGCUUCGCAUACGCCGGCGGCUAUCUGCCGUGUCCUUCACGAAAGUACGAAUUGAGUCUAUUAUAG